UUUUUCUCUCUGUUUGAAUGCUUUCUCCUCAGGGAGAGCAGGGACCAGCGGGUGAGCCUGGUGAGAGAGGAAUAAGGGGCCCACUGGGGUUACCGGGACGACCAGGGGACCCAGCAGAGAAAGGAGAUACCGGGAACAUUGGUUUGCCUGGAACGGCGGGAAAGAAAGGAGAGCCUGGAAAACCAGGACCUCCGGGAGGCCCGCAAUUCAGUUCAGACAACAAUAUCCUGACUAGGGUGAUCAAGGGUGAACCAGGACACCCGGAGAGCCCGGUCUCAGAGGGGAGACAGGUCUGCCUGGACAAAGGGGUCCCGAUGGAAAACCAGGAUCUCCAGGAAAGGGAGGGUCUGGGUCAGGGUCAGGGAGAGAUGGUCUGGAUGGGUUACCAGGAAAACCUGGAUCCAAGGGUGACCCAGGAAAGACAGGCGAGCCAGGAACGAGGGGAGAGAAAGGAGACCAAGGCAGGGUGGGGAUUGCUGGAAUCCCUGGUUUACCUGGGACCCCAGGUAGACCUGGCAUUGAUGGAAAGAGAGGUCUGGCUGGAAAAGAUGGAGAGCAAGGACAAAGAGGAGAUGAUGGCAAAAAGGGUGAUACGGGUGAAUCUGGAACUGAGGGUAAAAAAGGGGAAUUGGGUGCUCCAGGUCCGCCUGGUACCCAUGUUCUGGUUACUCAACAGGAGGGUGCCACUCUUGAAGAGAUGAGACAGGCAUUCCCUUUGCCAAUGGGACCUCCUGGGGCUAAAGUAAGCACAAUGUUCAAACUCUGCAUGGUUCUAUCUAUAAUUGAAUCUAAUGGGCAUAGUCAGCUGCAGCAUCUACACCCAACAACUGCCUGGCAAGAUGUGUAUACUGUAUAUGUUGAUUGAUUGAUUGACAUGGAUGGAUUGGUGGAUGGAUU